GUUUGGUGUAUUUACAAUAUGUAAAUGAGACAAGAAGAGCUUGGAUGCCAAACCAGGUUACAGGAGUGGACACUGUGAGGGCGCUAUUCGUUCGUGCAUUUCCCAAACUGCUGUCUAUGCCACUGAUAGAGCGAACUGGCAAGACGAUUUACAUCCGUGAUCGGAUCACUGAAAUAUUCUAUGAGCUUCAAAAUCUACAAGAAAUCAGAGAUCGGACGGUUUUAAGGUUAGUUGAGGGAACACCGUCAUCAGUAACUGAUUCUUAUUCACCAGUUCCAUCAACUCCCAGCAGGAAUUAUUAUUCAGAACCAGAAUUUGAUGACACUGCAAGAGAUAUGAGGCAACAUCGACAUGUUACUACAACAAUAAAUAGAUAUCAACAACAACAAAAACAAAAAUCCAAACAACCCCCUGUGCCACCCCCACGAGCUGAUAUGGUAUAUACAACAAAAGUUGUGAGGAAAGACAGAAGACUUUCAGAUGAGCGUGACUCCAGAACUCUUCCAUCAAACACUGUGAAGCAGUCGGAAACUAGUGGUUUCCGAGCUGUACCAUCGUCACGAUCCUUCACCCUUCCUGCAAAUGUACAAAGAGAGGAAAGAGUGAGACAGCCAAGUCCCACAAAACAUUUAUAUGCCGUGCCUGUCAGACAUGUUGCUGGAAGCCCUGCAUCAAGACCUACGUCUGCACCACCAACUUCCAUUAAAUCCCAAACUUAUGAUACUCCUAAGAAAAUAGAAUACACUACAGCACACGGUGUUAAGCCAACUAAUCCAGAGUAUUUAUUGCGACAACAACGUUCAAUGCCACAAUUGAAUGGUAGUAUAAGUGAUAGUGAAGCAUUACGAGUUCAGUCGGUGUCAGGGAGAUCAACACCUGCCAUGAGUGACAGUGAUGCAAGUUUUCGAAUGUCUGUUAUGGAACAGCAGAUUGCAAACUUGGCUGGAUUGGUUCGUACAGCAUUAGUGAAAAAGAAAACAGAUAGAAGAAAUUCAAGUGAUCACUCUAGUUGUUCAAGUCAAGAAGACCUUGUUAAUUUAACUGAAGAAAUUAUGCGUACAACUAAAAGAAACAGUUUUUCGCUGUCUGAGAGCUCACGAUCUUUGAGAAGUGAAGUAUCACAACAGACAUUACGUAGAGAUGAUAGUUCAACAACACCACAGGCAUGUUCCCCGAUACAGAAUGUUGAAAUUGUCUACAUGGCGCAUGCCUUGAAAAAGAACUGCAAGCAAUUGAGAGAGGAUUUACGCCAGAUUCGAAAACUGCAUUUGCAUCAGACACAGCAAAGUAGGGAAAUGGUACGAGAAGCGUUUCAGAAUAUUCAGUUUGUAAUACAAAGUAAGCCAUCAAUGAAUGAACAUCCAGUGAGGGCACAUCGAGCUAAAGUACACCAGGAAUUCAAACAGUACUGCCAACGAAAUGAGAGAAUCAACAGAGAUCUUAGUGACCUGGAGGCUUCUGUGGAAGAAAUGAGGGAUGACGUCAUCAACAGGAAAUGUCAUGUUGGGGUACAGGAUGUGGAAGGCCUAGCUAUGGGAUUGGGAAAUGUCAGUAAAAUGCUAGCAGAACAAAAAGUGUGUUUCCCUAUUCUGGGGGACGAUAUGAAGAGGGUUAUGUCUGGGGAGAUGGAGGUGGUAGUACAGGAAGAAAGAUUCAUCAAAGAAGAACCAGUCAGAUUGGAUCAGUGUUUGAAGAGAUGUAAAAAAUUAACUGGAACUCUAUUCACUUUAAAAAG